AUGAGGUGGCUCGGGCUCAUCAUUGCCUGCUCCUUCAUCAUCAUAUCUUCCUGCUUCAUAGCCUACAGGAGCUUCCAGGUCCUGCCAUGGGGGAUUCUGGCCACCAGUGUGACCAUCUUGAGGGUACCAACAGAUGAGGUGCCUCAGCUGAGCAAGGAGUUGGCCUGGGCUGCUGCCGACGGCGGCGAGAUAUUCGUGACCUGGGCCAACGAGCAUUUUUCAGACUUUGCGGUGAACUGGGCCUUGCACCUGAAGGAUGUUGGGGUGCACAACAUCCUCGUCGGUGCCAUGGACGUGGGCGCAGCCAAGGCAAGCAGCACUGGAGGCGGCGGGGGUGGGGCCCAGAGCUUGCGCAGCCCCCUCUGUUUUACCCUGAUGUCACACGACAUCCCAGUGUUUGCCAUGUACGAGAGGAAUGCCAACAGCACUGGCCUGACCAAAGGCGACUUUGGCUGGGGCUCCCCCUCCUUCACCAAGAUGGGCAGGCAGAAGGUGGACCUGGCGCACACCUUCCUGUCCUACGGCCUGAACAUCACCCUGGCCGACUCGGACGCGGUGUUCGUGGCGGACCCUCGCGCCUUCUUCGCGAGCCACCCCCGCGCCGACGUGCUGGCGCACACCGACAAGCUCAACUCGGGGCUGCCCGUUGGCGACGCGGGGCUGGAGGAGGCCGGCGCCAUCCACGCCGUGGCCAACAUCGGCCUCCUGGUCUUCCGUGCACGACCGCAGACGCUGGCCUUCGUGGCCGCCUGGCGCGAGGGCCUGAACCAGGACCCCAAGGCCUGGGACCAGACCCUGUUCAACCAGCUGCUGCACAUUGGGCGCAUGACGCCCGAGCCGGCGCCCUCCCGCCUCACCCGUGCCUGGGACGACGCGCUGCUGGUGGGCAUCCUGCCCACCGCCAGCUACUCCUCGGGCCAUGUGGCCUAUGUCUCGGGGCUGGCGGCGCAGAAGAAGCUGACCCAGGUGAUGGUGCACACCACCUUCCAGUACGGCGGCACGCCCGGCAAGCGCAACCGCCUGCGGGAGGGCAUGCUGUGGUACGACCCACCCGCCUACUACGCCGGCCCCCGCUUCCUCUCCAUCGACAUGCAGUACCCAGCGAUCCCACCCGGCAUCCAGACCAUGGGCGAGGAGGGCAUGCAUGCCGUGCAGCUCGCCCACCUGCAGGGCAUGCUGCAGCAGAUGCUGCAGAUCAGGGCUGGCAUGGCCAUGGCUGUGGUGCUCAACCGCACCUUCAUCAUGCCCAAGCUGAUGUGCCUGUGCGAUCGGUACUGGGCGCCCCUGGACAGGUGCCGCAUCCCAGGGGCAGAGGCCGUCCCCCUGCCCUUCACCUGUCCCAUGGACCACGUGUUCGAGCCGGGGAACCUGGAGCAACGCAUGGAGGGCGGCGAGCCCCUGGUCCCCUUCCGCGAGUACUCCUUCCUGGGCAACCCCCGCACGCCCGCCGUCGUCAAGGAUGAUGUCGUGGUCCUGGAAUUAGCGAGUGCUGCGGUGAACUCCCCGGAAGGCAGUUCCCCACUCGCCAGGAGCCGGGCCACCCUUCGUCUGCCUGCCAACUCCACAAACCUGGGGCUGCAGGCGGCGCUGGCAGCGCACGAGGCCACGCACCGCAUCCACGUGACGGACCCGCUGGCCUUGUGGGGGGGCUGGGAGGAGCAGGGGGCCAACGCGAGGAUGGCCAGCCGCUUCCUGCGCUCCCUGGGGUUCUGGUGCUGCCGUAAGGUGCCGCAUGGGCAGGACGGCGGGAUGGGCUACGCCGACCUCCUCCUAAACACCCAGAAGGCCCUGCAGCGCUUCCAGCGGCUCUGA